AGACUCGUGUAGACUGACCAGAGUCCACGACUCCUCCACCUCCACCUGCUCUGCUCACUCAGCACAUUCCUUUUCUGUCUGGACAUGUCUCUGUUCAGCUUUGGUCUGGAGCCUCUGUCUGUGCACGCCUGGAACAAGACACGCACACAAAUUGCCCUGAGCCCAAACAACAACGUGGUGUUUAUCUACGAGAAGAAAAGCAAAGAGUGGAGCAAGAUCCACGAGCUGACGGAGCACAGCGGACGCAUCACAGGCAUCGACUGGGCCCCGGAGUCCAACCGCAUCGUGACGUGCGCCGAGGACCGGAACGCCUACGUGUGGACGCUGAAGGACGGGACGUGGAAGCCCACCCUGGUCCUGGUGCGGAUCAACCGCGCCGCCACCUGCGUCAAGUGGUCGCCCCACGAGAACAAGUUCGCCCUGGGCUCCGGGGCCCGACUCAUCUCCAUCUGCUACUUUGAGAAAGAGAACGACUGGUGGUUGAGUAAACACAUUAAAAAGCCGAUUCGUUCCACGGUGCUGAGUCUGGACUGGCAUCACAACAACAUCCUGCUGGCGGCCGGAUCAGCCGACCUCCACUGCAGGGUUUUCUCCACCUACAUUAAGGACAUCGAGGACAAACCGGGUCCCACGUCUUGGGGGGUGAAGAUGCCGUUUGGGGAGGUGCUGCUGGAGCAUAAAGACUGUGGGGGGUGGGUCCACGGUGUGUCCUUCAGUCCCACUGGGGACCAGCUGGUGUGGGUGUCCCACAACAGCAGCAUCAGUGUGGCCGACGCCUCCAAGGGCAAAGAAGUGACCGUCCUGACCUCUGACCGUCUUCCUCUGCUCAGUGUCCUCUUCAUCAGCUCCACUCACAUCGUGGCUGCAGGUCAUGACUGCUGCCCGGUCCAGUUCUCGUACCAGGGCCCGGGGAGUCUGCAGUUUGUGAAGAAGCUGGACGUCCCAAAGCAAACGUCCAAGAGCGUCAUGUCCGCCAGGCAGCACUUUCAAAAUCUGGACAAGAAGGCGACAGAAGAGGACAGAGACGAACUGGACACUCUGCACCAGAACAGCAUCACUCAGCUGAGCGCGGUGUCCACAGCAGGGGGCAGUGUCCGCUCCUUCAGCAGUGUGUCUCUGGACGGGGCCAUGGUGAUCUGGGACGUCCAGCAGUGAGUCGUCGCUGAAGUUGAGUUUUUGUGCUGAAUCUGCACAAAACGUUUUCGUCGUCGUCCUGAAGAUGAACAAAAAAACGUCAAUAAAGUCUUUUUACCACGUCCUCUGA